GACGCCGACGACGACGACGGAGGAGCCCGGGUGGCGGGAGAAGCAGGAGGUGUUGGCGCGUCUCGACGACACCGUCAUCCUGCCGUCGGCCGCCAACCGGACGCCGGACACCAUUUGGCUCUUCUUCAACCGUGUCCCGCGCACUGGCGGCCAGACGCUGGUCUCCCUCCUCAAGUCUCUGGCUCAUGAUCUUGACUACCAGCACCAGGAGCACGUCUACAGGACCCCCUGGCAGAGGCUGAUGAGUGACGAGGAGCAGAAGAACCUGGCCACCUGGUUCGAGUACAACUUCUGGCCCAAGAGCUAUGACCGGUUCUCACUCUUCAUCAAUUUUACUAAACACAGGAGCCAGUACGUGAGUCAGCGCCCCGCCUACAUCACACUGGUGAGAGACCCUGUAGAGAAGUACAUCUCCCACUUCCGCUUCAAGCGAGUCAACCAAGAGAGAGUCAAGCUGGAGAUGGCGUUGAGGGAGAAGCAGAGACCAGGAAGUGGUCGGACGUGGUACUGGAGAAAGCUGGAAGAGUGCGUGCUGGAAAAUGACACUGAAUGUGACUUGAAAUCAGACACCAAUGACUUCACCUCUGCCAUCCCAUUUCUGUGCGGCCAGGACGAACCCUGCUUAAAACUGGGCAAUAAGUGGGCUCUGCAGAAAGCUAAAUUCCAUGCAGAAUAUGAGUACUCUGUGGUAGGGCUCGCGGAGCACUGGAACACCACGUUGGGAGUCCUGGAGCACUACCUCCCAAUGUUUUUCCAGGGAGCUCGACAGAGAUACUGGAGUCAAGAGUUUGAGGAUCAGCGUCUGGUAAAUAAGAACCCAAAGAAGUAUCCCAAGGUAUCGGAGCAAGUGUUGACGGUGCUUCGGCAGAGGCUGGGGUUGGAGUACGAGCUCUAUGAUUUCCUCCGGCAGCGGCUUCACCUCCAGCACCAGCAAGUGGCAGAAAAGUUAGCUGCACCCACUACAGAGCUCCCAACCAGGCCCACCGAAGUCCCACGUCUCGCCGUAUGGGACAGGAUGGACAUCGAGCUGAGGCAUUAAUUCUGCCAGAUAGCAUUCCUUUUUACUUGUGUAUUUAACCCUAUCUGGAAAUGCUUGCCCUAUCUGGCAAGGCAUUGCUGUCCGAUUUACCUCUAUGUAUCUAUCUGAUGAGGUUCCAAUUGCAGGCAAAAAACAAAUGAUAAACGACUACCUUUGCAAUGAAAUUGACUAAAAAUAGGUUAUUAAUUUGGGCUAGAUUCCCAGAAUUACUUGAGCAGCAUAGGAGGGAAUAGGCAGUUU